AUACAUUCAAGAAACACGCAUAAAACUCAUUCAAGAAAUACACAUAAAACCUUUGUUCUUGUACUUGUUUUGUGACUCGAGAAUAUCAAGCUAUGGCUCAGAAGGUACUGAUGAUGAAGUUGAAGGUAGAUCUUGACUGUCCCAAAUGCUACAAAAAGGUCAAGAAAGCUCUCCACAAAUUUCCUCAAAUCACAGACGAAUUAUUCGAUGAGAAGUCUAACACAGUCAUCAUCAAGGUGGUUUGUUACAAUCCUGAGAAGCUCAUGAACAAACUUUGCUACAAAGCAGACGGCUCUAUCAAGUCCAUCGUGAUUCUAGAACCACCCAAACCACCUCAAGUCCAGGCCCAACCUUUACAGAAGCCCAAAGAGCCCGAGAAGAUUCCAGCUCCAGCUCCAGCUCCGGCUCCUGUCCUCCUGGUUCCGACUUCUCAACCGGUGCCGAUGUGGCAGCCGUACCACUGUGGGCCGUACUAUGAGGCCCAACAGUUCGAGUGUUACGGAAGGCCCAUUUACGAUAGCUGGGGAGGUGGGCGACAAUGCUGCCACGAAGUCGCGAACCAACAAAGCUGCUCCAUCAUGUGAAACACUGAACUCGUCCUAUAGACUAUAUAGUUAUAGUAUAUACCAACAGAAUAAAUACACGAAGUAGUUAUUAAUUUUCUUCGUCUUUUAGCAAUACAUAUUUCUCUUUCGAGGCAUCUUUAAUAUAUGUACACACAAUAUAGGGAUUUGUCUUCUUGUAUAU